GACAAAAUUUCAAGCUGCAGUUCAGUCAUUAUGUAUUGACGUAUAUUAUUCGAAUCAGAUUUGAAUGUAAAUUGUCGUUUGGCUGUAUUGAAUUUCUCAGAAUGUUUAUUAAACGUGAUUAAAGUUCUUAAUCAGAGAAGAUAGAAAUGUAUAACUUUUUUAAAUCCUUUAAAUAUCUUCUUUACGAAUGAUAAAUAACAGAAAUGCUUUGAUGCGGUGCAUCGAUUUAAAAUGUAUGGACAAUGAAACUUGAACUAGAACCAUCCGCAACCUUUUUUGUGAAGACUUUUAUGAAGGUGGUACAUUUUCCUAUAGUAGUUGAUGGCCAAGUCUCAUAAAUAGCAAUGGAUAUGUAAAACUGUUCAAACGGAGCAUGCAUUUCUGGAUUAACAAACCGGCGGGCAGGUAUUACGGUUUCACUGGCCGCCGAUACCCCGCCACACCUUUGCCAAAGACCCGCUUAAAUCAAUCUAGAUAUAAUACAGAUUUGAGACAAAUGGUUACUCCACUUCACCGAUUUCAAAAUCUGAAUGCUAUGGGAAAUACAGCUGGUCCUAGUAAUAUGAAUACUUGCAGAAUGAUAAGAACAACGAUAAGACCAAACAAUGAAACACAACAUUUUCCAGUUGGCUCUACUCAACACCUUCAGCUAAACAACAUCUCCAAUAAUGUAACAACUGCUGGGAAUAAUCAAUUGAUAUUAUCAAAUACUACAUCAAAUGGAACAAAUAGGAGCUUUUUGGAUUUUUCGGAAUUUAAUGAUGCAGAACUUGCAAGUUACAGAUUACGGUGUGGUGUUUGGAUAACGUUUGUGCUUGCAACAGGAUUUGUGGCUGCUGCAAAAUUUUAUUUCAGUGAUAGAGGUCAAGGUAUAGAAAUAUUCGUAUUUUGGGGUCUGUUAACAUCAUUAUUAUUUGCAUGCUUAUACACUAUUUUAUGUUGUCGACAUCAUCGCAAUAAUCAUGAAGAACAUCAAAUUCAAGAGGAACGCAUUGCAUCUGUGACUGGUACAACUCCAAUACCUAAUGAAAAUAUUCGACCUAUUUCUGUAAUAAGACAGAAUCCACCACCACCCUAUCAUAUUGCUAUUUUGAUUCCCUCGAACAAUCUAUCAGAAGAAGCUCCACCACCAUCUUAUGACAAAAUUAUGCGUUAGAUUAAUAUUAGUAAAUUAAUAUAAAGCUAUAUAAAAUACUAUCACUAUUUUUCAUAUACUACAUUUUCUAAACAUAAAACAUUGAUACAUAAUAUUAUCAAAAGUGCAUCAUUAACUAUAAAUAUUUCAUUUCUGAGCUUUUGAUUUGUGCAAAAAAAGAAAUGAGGAAAAGUUAAUGAAGAUAUUAACAAUUUUUCUAGGCUAGGAAAACUUUACAUCUGUGAUACAAAAUAGUAAUGUAACAUCAAUGUCGCCCAUGGUAACAUUUGCAACUUAAAGAAACAUAAGAGGCACUGUUGUGGGCAUUAUACACAAUAUCUGAUUGUGAGUCAGAAAGUACAACUGAUGUCCGCGAUACUUUAUGUUUAAUGCAAUACUAAUAUAUAUUUUCCUUUUUUAUACUUGAAUAAGUUUAUUUAAGCGAAAUACAAAUAUACAAAAUGAUUUGCUGUAGAAAAUGAGUAACGUUUCUUCACCUUUAAAGAAAUUUUUCAUUAUAAGAUAUAAACAUAAGAAAAACCGAUGUAUUACGAUAAAAUUGCAAUUCACGUUGGAUUAAUAUAUGUAUUUAUUUACAAAGUGAAACCACUAUUUAUGCAAUAAAAUAAAAUUGAAACUUAAGUUAAUUUAUAGAAAACCAGCACAGAGUCAUACUAGGUAUAUAAACUGUUCACUUUUUCCAUAAUCUAUCAAGUUUGAAAUAAAUCUAAAAUCUUUUACUAUAAAUUAAAGUACAAUAACUCUAUUGUAUAAUAAUUUAAAAGAGCAUAGGUUAAGUAUAAUAUGUGUUUUAUAAUACUUAAUAUUACAUAAUUGUACAUAAUAUAGAUAAGUGUGUACGUACAUACACGCAUAAUUUUCUCUUGCUCCAAAAUUUUUGGCUAUGACACAAACUUAAUAUACAUACAUAUGUAUAUGAUUUUAUAUAAUUUUUCUUUGUCAGUAUUGAAACUCUUUAUGCAAUAACUUUGCUUUAUAUUUGAAAUAAACUUAUAUAAUAUAUAUCAUCACAUAGAAUAUCAUAACUAAUAGUUACAACUAACAAUGACUUUCAAGCUAUGUUUCUGCAUAUUAAAAUGUAGCUUGAACCAAGAAAAGUAUUAUUCAAUUUUUUUGUUUUAUUACUUCUUCAAUUUAGUAUACCAAAUGUGUUACAAAUUUCUAAAUACACUACACUUGUAUAGAGUUGUCACAUAAUAAUUAAGUGUAGGUGCUUAUUUUGUAUGCAUAAUAUGGCUAAAUAUUUUAUUAUAUCAUUUUAUUACAUAUUAAAAUAAAUAUAAUUUAAUCUUAAAGUACAACCAUGUAAUUGCACCAAUACAUAAAUGAUGUACAUGAGUAAAAAUAUAAAAAGCAUAAAAAAGCC